AUGAGAGGCAUCCGAAUAAAACUCGUCUAUUCGACGAAUCGUCUCGAGAAUUUCCGGUGCCUGACUAGGAUGACUCCUGCGUCAGAACUGGGUCCGGCCGAUGAACGAAGCUUCAAGUCUUCGAUUCUUCAAGAUGGCAAGUGGCGCCGCAGCGAUGAGGGAGACACCUCGUUGCGGCGGGGCCAAGCUCCAAAGAAGCCAGUCACGCAGGCAGGAGAAUCCCAGCUCCCACGGGGCCAAGAGGUGGCCGUCCGCGACGUUCCCGCCCGCGGAAAACCACACGUGAGAGCUCUUUGCUGUUUCAAGAAGAUGCCAGCAGGCAAACCCCUGCCUGUGACAGCUCAGGUACAGCUCCCUUUCUUUCAUCAUGCUUCAAGAAUAUGCGCGCUCCAUUUAUUUAUUUAUUUUGGCCUAAUUUCGUCGUGGAUUACUGCCUUCAAAAAUGGUGCCAAUAUACAUGGCCGGAGCUACGAAGAGUAA